UGGGCAGAGCAGUGCGCCUGCGUGUUACCGGAUGCGCAGGCGCAGGCGCCGUGUGGCACUCAGCGGUCGAAAGGGGAGUUCAAGGAGACGGGGGAGACGCGGCUGAGGGCUCCUCGUCGGGGUCGGGGCUGCAGCCGUCAUGCCGGGGAUAGUGGAGCUGCCUACUCUAGAGGAGCUGAAAGUAGACGAGGUGAAAGUUAGUUCUGCUGUGCUUAAAGCUGCGGCCCAUCACUAUGGAGCUCAGUGUGAUAAGCCCAACAAGGAGUUUAUGCUCUGCCGCUGGGAAGAGAAAGAUCCGAGGCGGUGUUUGGAGGAAGGCAAGCUGGUCAACAAGUGUGCUUUGGACUUCUUUAGGCAGAUAAAACGUCACUGCGCAGAGCCUUUUACAGAAUAUUGGACUUGCAUUGAUUAUACUGGCCAGCAGUUAUUUCGUCACUGUCGCAAACAGCAGGCAAAGUUUGACGAGUGUGUGCUGGACAAACUGGGCUGGGUGCGGCCUGACCUGGGAGAACUGUCAAAGGGGUGACUUUCCCAGCAAAGACUGGAGAAAGAUGGAGAAAUAGACAUUGCCGCAUCAUGAUGAAGAAACUCAAACCCUGGUGGAGCUGGGAGAACAAAGACAGCUGGGAGAACAAAGACUGUUUCCAGUCUCUCCAAGAGCAUGUGUGAGGCCAGGCCCAUCUGUCUGUGGGAGAGGUCUGUGCCAUGGUAUUGGGCAAACUCACAGGUCACCAUAGCCCAGGAUUGCAAUGUCCCAAAAGCUUGUCUUGAUCUAGACUAGGAACCCCAGCCCAUGUGAGCAGGAUGUGCCCUUAGGGUCAUCUGGCUUAUCCUCUAAUCCAGAGGGCUCAGACAUGUCAAGUGACCCCUUGCCCCUUUCCCCUUCCCGCAGGUCACACAGCCAGUUAGGAUUGGAACGCAGGCCUCCUGCCUCCAGUCAGGGCUCUUUCUAUUGAGGAGGUCCCUGGGAUUUAGGAGGCCCCCCCACCUCCCCAGCUCCAGCCUGAGAUGAGGGCCAGAUUCUUGUCAGGAAGUGGAA